CAAAGAUGUCGGUCAUCACGCAGAUAUUGUACAGGUAGACGACAAUUGUGUGAAGGAAGAUGUUCAGCUGAGAGACGUUUUUGUGGAUAAGCGAUGGAGUUGCUGUGAGAAGAACAAACAUGGGAAGUGGGGCCAGUAAGAAAAAGGUCAUAAACAACCGUGUCGAGUAUGACGUCCAAAAACAUGUAGCAGACGUCGGCAGCAAAAACGUGGGAGACGUAACAGAAAAAUCACGUGCUGAUAAUUAUACUCCACCGAUAGAGGACCUGGAAGAGGUGAUUGAACCUGCCAUUCGUAAGGAAGUUGCCAUACCUCUCGGCAGCGCGCCCAGGACCUCGGCUAGUCAUGAUAGCUCCACACAACACCAAGAGAGCAGGUCUGAUGAGAAGAUAGAAAGCAAGGACAAAGAGGAUGACGAAGGGACAGAAGUAGUUGACAUUUCCCAUGAGCCAAAUAAUGCAACACAGUCAAAUGAAUAUCUGGACAGAGAACCAAAUAACAAGCACCUUGAUGAUGGUGUUAGAAGUGCAUGCAUCGCCAAUGAAAACGAAACAUCGCCGUCUGAUGAAGAUGCAUCACCCGAUGCAUUAGGAGUGUCGAAGGCUAAGCCAGAAACCGAGUGCAUUAUAGCAGUCGAACCAACCAAGGAAAUAAAGAAACCAUUUAAACACGUCUGGCAGAUAUUCGGAAUGUACGCUUCUGUUGUAAAGGAAAACCAGGCAAAGAACCUCCCUGGCGUGGCACUGAAAGUUGGCAAAGAACUGAAAGCGGUGGAGAAAGAACUCCACGAACGGUACAAAACACGGAAAGAGUUGCAGUAUUUCGCCAAAAUCGGCCUGACCACUAAAUGUAUGAAAUGUUGUCUAGUGAAAGCCAAAAUCAAAGAUUUCCUAUCAGUUUGGCAGGAUUCAACAGGAGCACUCGCUCUGUCUUUACUUCUCCGUAGACUUAAACGGCAGUUGGAGAUAAAUAAAUCAUAUAACGAAACAGAAAGCAUGGAUCUUCACAAUCCACUAGGAAAUACGACGGCAGAAAGGGUUGCUAAUUUGGCAGGGAGCGGGGCAGAAGCGCUUGAUCGUGCAGAUGAGUUCGGUUUGACUAACGUAGGUGAACACAUCUUAGAAGACGCCCUGGAUCUAGGAGACGGGCUACCGUACGUUAAGACGGUCCUGUCCAUCAUACGCAGCGUGUAUCGGAUAUUUAAAGCCAACGCAACGCUGUUAAAUGACGCCAUGGACUUACUCCGUACCAUCAGGAAUGUUGAGGUGAUUCUUGGGGGUACCAUCAUCGCUAAAGACGAAAAGUCUGCGUUCCUCCUCGAACAACUGAUGGACGUCCUAGACCAGGCGGAAUUCUACGUCAUCCAGUGCAUCAUGCCUGACCAGAACGCCGUUGCCAAGGUACUCAAGGCCACAUCGCGGGCGGAUACGCUGCAGCAGCUUAAAGAGGACAUAGUUAAACAGCUUAACCAGGCUAUGUUCGCUGAGACCAUGAAGCAGAGCGAGGUCCUGCAGACGCUAGACCAGAAGGCGAACAAGAUGCUGGAACUGAAAGUGACAUUAGAGCAAAUUGAGACGAACCAGCGAAAUCAAACCAAUGAUAUACAGGAAAUGAAAGAGAGCCUGCAACAAAUAAUGGAGGGACUGACACCGUCCAAGUACAAACCGGCCAAUGGGAAUUAUCUGGAAAUCGGCCCCUACAGAGUGCAGGUUCAAGGUGGGCGCCAUUUUAAAACUGCCGAGGGGGAGUACGUGGAGCUAGGCAGUGGAUAUAACUAUCGUUUGCUACUACGGAAUGGAACGAAACGAAAAUGCCAAGCUGAAGUCCAUAUAGACGGCCAUAAAAUCGGGGUGUUUGCGUUGCUGGGCGAGGAAGAGUACGUAAUAGAGAGACCCGUGGGUAUUCAGCGACGUUUCAUGUUCUACCGGACCACUACAGGAGCUGCCAUAGCGAACUCGGGAAUUGAGGCCAAGAGAAGAGAGAAUGGCGUUCUGGAGUGUGUUUUUACGCCGGAGUUGUUAUACACGUUUAAAGGACGCUUAAGGAACUACAAAGGUGAACUUUCGGAAGUGCACACGGUGGACUUAAGUCCUGACCAGCAAAUGGAGGACUUUGUGCGGUCAGUUAUUGCGUCCAGCGCGGGGUUUGAACAGUCUGCAGAUGCCUACUUGCUCUUGUGUGGGGAGAGAUAUUGGCAUAUUGACAACUUCGAUUGGGGAGUGAAGCAACUGUACAAUUAUUGGAAAGGCACAGCUUCUGAGUACCUCCUGUUUAUAGAGAUUGCCAAGGAAGUGCACAUUAUCAAUCCUAUAGAUGACGAGAAUGUGGAGAAGGAAUCGUUUACCGUCGGAUAUACGGCUGACGUGAAGGAAGAAGUGAAGGCAAGGUUUAACAUUCCUAGCUUGGAAGACGUGUCAAUCAGUGACACAAAAAAAGCUGAUGAGUGUGAGAUCUACACCGUCCGAAUACUGAAAGUGAAAGUGAAAGUGGUCAACCCCCCGGAUACUCUCACAUUGUACUUCUUUAAGAGCCAGGACGUGAAAGAGAUGGUCGAGAAGGAACUGGCCAUUAAUGACAGCAGUGACCAGAGCAUAGAGAUUCACCACAGGAAAGAUUCAGUACAUGAACAUUUUGUGUCCGACGUCACGGUAAUCGUGAACAAGGACAUCACACUCCACGUGACUGCCUUUGACGGCAGGCAAGAUGACGUUGUUGUCAAAACGUACUCUACAAUCGAGCAAUUGAUGUACCAACUUAAAGAACAGAACCUCGCGGAGUGUGACAGCGACGGUUUCACGCAUUCUCAAAAAGAGUGCCAAGUAAACGAAGUGGAGUACCGCUGGACGGACUCCAAGUCUUUGUACCUUGCUCUGGAAGGCUUCUCGAAUGGCUCCACAGUCGUUGUAAAACCUACCAUAUUCAUCUACACCAUCCGAUACAGAGGCAAAGGGUCAGAGGAGGAGCUUUCUAUUAGAAUUGAGGCGUAUAAACAAGUGGCAGACCUGGUAGAACGGACUGAGAAGGAAUGUGAUGAAAAGGGCCUAAAUCUCUCGAAAGGAUUUUUCUUAGUAAGAGGCGACAGCGAGAUUCUAGACACAAGUAUGGCCUUGAGAGAACUCGGUGGCAGUCAAGAUUUGACAAUACUGCCUCCCCAAUCAGACGUGUGCAUCGUAGAGUAUGACACACUGGAAGAGAUCGGUACAGUCUCUGACGUCACGGUGGAAACAACUAUACAGGAAGUUCUUGAUAAGAUACGCCAGCUCUUGGGAAAGCGGGAAGGCAACCUGGAUGAUGCUAGCGUGGAAGAAAGGCACAUCUGUAUAGAGUUCGAAAACAACAACAGCUUCACCACUUUUUAUAACACGGUAAACAAAGAUGUCGGUCAUCACGCAGAUAUUUUACAGGUAGACGACAAUUGUGUGAAGGAAGAUGUUCAGCUGAGAGACGUUUUUGUGGAUAAGCGAUGGAGUUGCUUCAGUUUGGUCGACGUAGGUCAACCACAGGUUCGUCUCCUGCUUGUGCAAUCAUAUAGUCAGAACGCCAUACUAGCUGGUUUUGUGAAAUGA